CAGAGAUAAUCUUUAACCACUCUUUGGAGGCACUAAACAUGGAGCUUUCAGUCGCAAAGACGACCCUCGACAAUCUGAGAGGCAAACAGGGGAUCUUCUCUGUGGCUCUAAGCAAAAACACAGCUUUAAACUGCUACGGCCCUUUUGAUGAUGAUGAUGUGAUCAUUUUCUACAAUUACACCUUCAUCAACAUAGGAGACAGCUACAAUGCGAGCACUGGUAUCUUCACUGUACCCCGCUCUGGGGUUUACAGCCUCGCUAUAUCCCUCUAUGGUCACCACUCUCCUGGAGACACCUCAACCACCUGUGCCAAUCUGCAGGUAAACGGCAAAACAAUGUCUUCCCUCCCCAAGACACAAGGCCAUGAGGACAAAGAAGACAGUUCAACAGUGGUCAUGGCGGUACGACUGGAGGCCGGGGACGAGUUGGCCGUCAGCUUGCCCAAAGGUUGUGUCGUCUGCGAUAAAAGCGGUCACAUGACAGCCUUCACGGGUUGCCUGCUUUAUGCCACUGAUUGA